AUGGAGCGAAAUAAAUUAGAGCGCCGCAAGUCCCUGGGCCACCCUUCUCUGCUUGAGCGUACCCUGCAGAAGUCGAAGCAGGAGGUCAGUCUUAGCGUAUUCGCCUUCCUCUUCUCUGAAAUCGUCCAGUACUGUCUGAGUUCAGCGAAGAAGGGCUACCGGAUGGAAGACCGGCUCCACGAGCUAGGCCUGCGUGUGGGGUACAAAAUCCUCGAUCUGCUAGUCUACCGAGAGCGGCAUAAGAAGCGAGAGAUCAAGGUCCUUAGCAUCCUGACUUUUGUCUCGACCUGCGCGUGGCGCUACCUCUUUGGCCACAGUGGAGAGCUCUUGAAGGCGCAGGACAACGAACUGGAAUAUAUGAUAAACGACAAGCAGCUCCUACUCAACAAAUAUAUUUCCAUUCCAAGAGAUAUGAAUCACGUCAACUGCGGCGCGUUCGCUGCGGGCAUCAUCGAGGGCAUCCUCUGUAGUGCAGAAUUUCCUGCUGCCGUUUCGGCGCAUACGGUGGAGGACUCCCCCAACAUGAAGUCGACCACGUUUCUGAUAAAAUUCCUUCCGGAAGUCAUUGAACGGCAGAAGAGACUUGGAGGAGGGGGUGUGGCAGGGUGA